AUGACCAACACGAAGGAUGACGACCACCAACAUGACGAUGGUUCCUCCAGCGACGACGAUGAUGAUGCUACGAUUGAGCCGCGAAAGCUUGUGCGCGAACAUGGGACUGAACGGCUAAAAGCAGCACUCCUUGACAGGCUCGCCGAGUUCAUGGCCGCUAUCCCUCCAGGUGGCCGAGGCCCCGGAGAGGACAAAACGGCGAAGGCAAAAGACAUCUGUGCUACUUUUCUGCAGAUGGUAGAUGGAACUGCCGUCGUAUACAUCACUAAGAAUGGAGGUCUCAGUCCGGACGACGUGAAAAUGCUCAAGAGACUCCAAAUCGGGCUCAGCGCUGGGUCGAGAACCUGGCAGCCCCGAGACAAGACUAAAGAUUUGCUCCGGCCCACGAUGGUACAGUUUUAUAAGGGUCGCCUCGUGUGGUAUUUGCAUAAACUCGGCGAAGUCUUCCGACAGGUACAAAGUACCUUUCUGGUAGAUGAUAAUGAAAUUAAUAGCAAGCUAGCAAGACUACAGCAGCUUUGUUUUCUAAACGAAGAACUGGAUGAUGGACAGUGGACCGACGCUAUAUCGCUCGAAUACGAAUUGCGCCACGAGCCACCACUCAAAGCCCACCUCCACACUCUUGGCCUCUUCGAGGAAGAUUCUCAAAAAUUACUCAGGCAGGUCCUGUUUCUUGGGAGACCAGAGUCAGCUUAA